UCCUCUCUAGCUGCCACAGAGCCUGAAAUCACACGUAGUUUUGUCAGAUACAACGUUUCUGAAAAUAUUUCCCUGCUAGGUCGCUCAGAAAUGUCAAUGUAUGAAGCUGAAAGCCUUGAGAAACUGGACACCCCAAACACGAUUGUCCAUAAAAGCUAUUCGGAUUACUGCUGUGGCCAUAGAAAAUCAGUGCCUCAUUCUGUCAAAGUGUACAAUACAAUAAGUGCCACAUGUUCAAAUCUAUCCUCAUCUGGCACUAUCUCUGGCUCUGGCAGCGACAGGACUUGUAAUCUCAGUAGUGUAACGCAAGACUCUGGAAUAGUUCAUUCUUUAUCAAAUAUUCAGAACAACCUAAUACAUGCCACUUCUCCUGAUAGAGAUCCCAGCAUUCCACUGUUGUCAUUUGGAUAAUAGUUCCAUUCAGCACAAUAUAACAGUGUAUACAGUGCCAGGGACAUACCAACAUGGCAUUUUAGGACCAAGGAACUCUGGGAAUGGUUUUCCAAAUAAUGGACACAUAUACAGUCAGUCACACUACAAUAUACCUGGGCUAAUGUCUUGUGAUAAUAUUUCUGAAACUAAACUCCAUCACAAAGCUAUGAUUAUUCACAACAGUUGUUCAGUGCAUUGCUGCAGGAGCCAUGAACCUAUGAUAAAAGCAGAUGACACUAUUGCUGCAUAUUGCCACUCGAUGCCCAUACCAUCAGCUCAACUCUCGACUGGACUGGGACAUUCAGUUGGUGAUCCAAGCUCACUGAAUACUCAGCCCCAAUUGUGUUCCCAAUUGACACUUUCUGAUAAGUCUGCCUUUCCAAAACUAGUGUCAUCUGUCAGUGAAUCCGGCCUGGAUGCUAGGAAGCUAUUAAAAUGUGGACAGCUUACAUUUCCACAAGCUCUUGUCUCAAUUGAAGAGCUGCAUUUAAAUAGUUCAGUGAAGGGGAACAAUGACUUUCUCCUUAAAACCACAGACAAUUCACAAGAUGGUUUGGAGUUUAAUUCAAGUGCAAAGAUGAAAGAUAACUGGACAAUGACAUCUAUGAAUUAUUUAUUACCAGAGCAGAGACUCCCACUUACCUGCAAAGAUGCUGAAGUACAAACUAUUAUUAUUAUGGAAAAUAAAUCAGCGUCAACCAUUCCUUGCCUUCAAACCACUGGGCAUUCCCACUUACAUCCUGAGCUUGGACUAGGGUUUAACCUACAAUGCCCCCAGACCCCUGUACGGGAGGUACGGUGGGAUGAUGAAGGAAUGACAUGGGAAGUCUAUGGAGCAGCAGUAGAUCCUGAAGUCCUGGGCUUAGCCAUUCAGAAGCAUUUGGAGAUCCAAAUAGAACAACAUAUGCAGCCUUCUGAACUGUCAGGUGAAAUGGAACAGCCCACUAAGAAGAAGAGGAGGUCAUUCAGAACUGUAAUUCGUUCUCUGAGACAAUCUAACUGUUGUGUGAGGACAAACUCUACAUCUGAGUGA